AUGAAUUACUUCAAGUCUUAUAAACAAAGAUGUAAGACAAAUUAACAAGCUGAAGAAGAACCUUCUCAAUUAUUGAUUCUCUGCAUGAAUUGUUAAGAGUAUAUAAGAUUAGAUUUAACAAAUAAACAUGCUAUGGUUUGCAAUCAAGUAACUGAGAACAUCGAUCAUAUUGAUAAAACUUACUCUUUUCUAGACGAGAAUCACUUUAAGUUAUAAAAAAUUCGAUUAAGUUUGAUGGAAAAAAAAAACAAUAUUUUAGCUCUUAGACUUAUAAGAAUAAUAGAACUAGUAGUUUAAAUUUCAACUAUUGGUAAAGUAGAAAUAUCUUGUUGUUAAACAUAUUUAGCAGAAAUAAACUAAUUAAAAUACAUGCCAAAAUCCUCAUUAAAUAUAAGUUUAUAUUUAGAAAGAAUUCAAGUACUUAUUGAAUAGAAAAUAAAAAUAUUGAAAGAGAAUUUGGAUAUAUAAAAUGAAUAGGAUAAUUUAAUUUAGUAUACUUCUAGCCCUUAGAAUAAAUUUGAAAAUUAAUUGAUUUAGGAGAAUUAAUCAAAUAAAUAUAGUAAUAAAGUAUAUUGUUUGAGUGCUGAUUAAGUAGAUACUCCUAUUGUAUCAAAGGGAUAAUUGGUUGAUUAAAUAAAUUAAAAAAUCUAGGAAUGUAAUACUUUAAAGAUGGAAUAGUAAUAUUAUAAUAAUCUCCUUAAUAAAAAUUUAUAAAUAAAUUAACGUCCUAAAUGGAUGAAUGGUGAGGAAGAUUAAGUUUAUUUACCUAGGCAACUUCAUAAAAAAAUGCUAACUUAAUAGGUUCCACAGAAAGUAAAUGCAAAAAGUGAAAUACUCACAAAUAUUUCAACAAAUGAUUUUGGUUUUUUAGAAGAAUAAUCACAAAAAUGUGAAUCUCAUUCUUAAAGGUUAUUUUAUUCAAAGUUAUUAAAAUUAAAACUAUAGAAUACUAAAAAAUCUUAAGUUUAAAAAUUAUCUGCUGUAAUAUUGUGGGAUGAGGCAUUAAAAUUGAGGUUAGGAUAAGAGGAUUUUGAUAAAUUUUUAAAAUAAGCAAUCGAUAAUCCAAAUAAAUAUAUUAACAACUAAUUUUGA